AUGCAAAACAUUUUAACUCAAUAAACACAGUUUUUUGAAUUGCUAGACAAGUAAGUUGAUGCUUACAAGACACUUCUUGAUUAGCUCAAUACUAGCUAGGAUAAAUUUAAUAAUCUUCUACAAGACUAUUUGCUUAAAUUUCAAUAAAUUAAUAAUAAACUGCUUUAAUAAGGAAGACCUGAACUAUCUUGCUCAUAAAUCUAAAUUAAACGAAAUGACGAAUUAUUCACCAACUCACAAUUAAACAUAUCCUUCAACCUAAGAUCUUUACUGGAGAAGUCAUACAAAUACAAGUUAACACUAGCAGAUCCUCUUGAAACUCCACUUUAUAGAGAUCGUAUCUUUUAAUUAAGAGUUGAGCUAAAAAAUAAGAAUGGUGAAUUAGUCCGAAAUCCUAAUAAAAUCGAAUUGGUUGUUGCGAUAUAUUCUCAAGAACAAUAUCCAAAAGAAAUCAAAGUCAACAACAAGGGUGAAUAGAUAUUAAAAGGUCAUUUAUGUGUACCCUUAAUAAAAGGCACGGCUUUCUUUACCAGAGUGUAAAUUAGAGAAGUAUCUUCACACUAUUAAAAUGGAGGGAUUAUUCUUGCAAUAUUACCUCAAUUUAAACCAAAUGAUGAGCCUAUCAAUAGUCGCGACAUUUAGCCAUUGAUUGUCGAAAACAUCAAAGUUAAGGCUAAAAAGUUUUCAGAACGUCACAUUCCAGUCUAUGUUAAUUAAUGA